CAGACGAGAUUCGGUCCUCAAUCAGAGAUCGUGCUUGUCAGUGAGGUUUUUAAAGAUUAAAACGGUACCAUUCAUUUUCUUACGCUACUGUAACUUUCCGGAAGACACGUAAGGCAUUUUUUUAAUUUGACUUCAUCUCACGCGAGAGGCUAAUUGAGAUUGCUUUAGGCUAGUUAAGCUAGCCAACGUUUACCGCUGUGCGUCGGUCAAAGCACUCCUUCCGCUAUCCGUAUUCACUUUUAGGUGCAAUUUCAAAUAAAACAUGACGAGUUUAGCUAGUAAGGUGUUUUGCAGGGUGGAGAAGAUGUGUCACCACCUCCCUGUGGUCCUUAACACGUUCCUGGUUUUCUCCAUAACCGGAGAGGUGAGUUACCUGGUGUCGGUGGAGGCUCCGCUGGAGCCAGACCAGAAGAAGACUCAGUGGUCCUCUCGAUGGAAAUUAAUCCACCUGCUGGCCCAGUAUUUCAUGUUGGGGAACAUCUGCUGGAACGCCCUGCUCUUCAUGAAAACCAGUCCCAGCAUCAAGGGAGUGUUCCUGGGAGGAGAAGUCCUCGGCCAAGGGUGGAGGUACUGUUACACAUGUGAAGCGCACACUCCUCCACGCUGUUCCCACUGCUACGACUGCAAGGUGUGCGUGCUGCGGCGGGAUCACCACUGCGUCUUUUUUGGCCAGUGCGUGGGCUUCCGCAAUUACCGCUACUUCCUGAGCUGCUUGUUUUUCAUGUGGUCGGGGCUCCUGUACGCCACCCUGAUGAACGCAGAGGUCUUCAUUGUCAUCUUGAAGGAGGGUGUGACAGUACACAGCAUCCUGCUGCUGCUCAUACCCUGGAUCAUGCUUGUUUCAGGCCAGGUCUCAGCGCGUGCCUUUGCCUUCGCAUUCAUCGCAGACACAUGCGUAGUGGGUUUCCUGCUGGUGUCUUCCUUCUUCUUCUUCCAUCUCUUCCUGCUGUUUCGUGGUCAGACCACCAGGGAGUGGUAUUCGUCCCGCCGACCCUACAGCCUGGGACUGUUUGGCAAUCUGCAUCACACACUGGGCCUGCGUUGGUACAUCUGCUGGCUCUGCCCUCUCAUCCCCUCGCCGCUGCCAGGAGACGGCAUAAACUUCCAGGUCACAGGAUCGCUGGAGCCCUCGCGGUAACAGCUGCAGAUCGGAGCGGGCCGAGUGUCUUUACUUUAGUGGUGGUGGUUAUUGUUAUCGGGAGCAGCAGGGGAACUCAUCUUAGUUCAAGAAGAGGUAGCUUGGAGUGGGAAGAAACUAGUAUUUUCUGUGGCUGUGUAAUGUGUUGGUGGGUGUAACUCACUGCCAGUGUCUACUCUGUAGAUUCUGUGCUGAGACAAAGAAAUUAAGGGUCUUCUUUUGGUGUUACAUUGAUCUUAAAUGGUAAUCCGUACACUCAGCAAGGCUGGCCUCAGAAAAUGAACACAGAAAUUCAAUGUGUUCAUUUUGCACGCGAGCACUGACAAUAUAUGUUUAAAAAUAGCACUGAAAUAAGAAUGUAUUUUGACUGAACAACGUUCAGUUUUAAUCCUUGUUGAGAAGCACUCACAAUCUCUGACAGUGACGCCUCGUGGGAGUGUUGAUAAUAGCUGCUUUCUUGGGUUUUCCCUACGCUGAAGCUGCCUAAAUCCGAACGUUACACAAGUGUGACUUACGCUGUUCCUGAUUACUCCAUUGGACUGUAAAAUACACAAUCAUUUGCCUCCAUUUUGCUGUUGCUCCGAGGAUGCUCCUGAGUUUAUUAAACUGACCUUUAUUACCUUUAAUUGGAUUCUACUGUGGCAGGUGGAACAGUGGGAGAGACAAAGGAGCGGUCUUAAUGUCUUCAGCACAACAUUAAUUUGAAAUAAAUAAAAAUAAACACAGAAAUUGUGUGAAUUCAGUAUUUAAAAUUUACAUGCUUAUGAUGUGUUAAAAGUUUUGCCUCCAUGCUUGAUAUUUCUAUCAGUGUCCUCAUUCUGUACACUAUAUGUUACAUACUGUAAAAAAUCUUUAGAGCAGCGGUCCCCAACCCCCGGGCCUCGGACCGGUACCGGUCCGUGAGUCGUUUGGUACCGGGCCGCGAGAGUUUAGGCUCGGGUGUGAAAUGUAUGGUCUUCA